UUGAAAGAAAUCAUCCACUUUAGAUUAUUACUGCCAACAAUCCCAUCCAACAUAUAAAUUGAUUAACUAGCACUCAAUUAUAUCAGUUGAAAUAAUUUCCUGAAAAGAACAGGUUCAGAAAAAUGGCUCCAAAAUAUAAGUUGAUUUAUUUCAAUGGAACCGGACGUGCAGAGCCGAUAAGGUAUCUCUUUGCCUACGCUGGCCAGGACUAUGUUGAUUACAGGCUGAAACGAGAAGAAUGGCCUCAGUUAAAAUCUAAUACGCCAUAUGGACAACUACCAGUUUUAGAAGUUGAUGGAAAGCCUGUAGCGCAAACAACUGCGAUAGCACGGUAUCUUGCAAAGCAAUUCAAUAUUCAGGGAAAGGAUGACUGGGAAAUCUUACAAGCUGAUUCCUUAGUGGAGGCACUGGUGGAUUAUCGCGCAUGUGCGAGAAGAUUAUACACAGAACAAAACCCUGAAAAAAUUGCAGAAAUUAAAAAGGAGCAAACAAUGUACCUAGAAAAAUUCGACACAAUAUUGUCGUCAAACCCAUCAGGAUUUCUAGUUGGUUCGGAGAUUACAUGGGCAGAUUUAGUUUUUGCUGCAGUUCUUUCAGGAAGACAAGAUGAUUCGGAGGCUCGAAGUGCCGCUUUAUCAACUCUUGUUGAUAAAAUUAAUAAUAUUCCCAAUAUUAAAUCUUGGUGAAAGGCAAGAUCUAAGAGCAACGCAUCCGCAAAAUGAUCAAGUAAUAUAAUAUUGAUUGACUUACACCAGUUCAAUUAGUAAAUGUACUAAAAAGUGUGGUUUAGAAUUAAUAAACACUGUAUCCGUAAA